CUUUGUAAUGGAGAAAGACAGGCAAGUGGUACAAUAGGCUAGAGGGAAGCUGUGGGGCCAGGGAAAAGGGGCGUGGUCACGAAAGGAGAGAGGCUGAUGUGUGCUCCCGGGGCUCACAAUGGAGGUGGCCUGUUUUUGACUUUGCGGGGAGAAUGUUAGUGUCUGCUGUGGAGGAGUGAAGGGCUGGAAGGCUCAGCUGGGAUCAGGACUUACGACCCUGAGCUCAUGAUCAGCUUAGGCAACAGAGAUUUGGCUUUGCCAACCAUCUGCUUUGUCUGAAGAUUUUCAGCUGAUGAAGCGCUAGGAAGUUCAAACACCAUUGUGUCCUGCUCCGGGACUGGUGACUUGGAGAGAGCUCUAACAGGGCAGGAUGGCCCAGGAUCUCAGUGAGAAGGAGCUGCUGAGGAUGGAGGUGGAGCAGUUGAAGAAGGAAGUGAAGAACCCACGUGAUCCGAUUUCCAAGACAGGAAAGGAAAUCAAGGAUUAUGUAGAGGCCCAAUCAGGGACCGACCCUCUUCUCAAAGGCAUCCCAGAAGACAAGAAUCCCUUCAAGGAGAAAGGCACUUGUGUGAUAAGCUGAUGGCCUACCCUCAAGACCCUCACCCUUUCUCUGUCCCUCCUCAGUCUCACCAGUGUACUGGGAUACCUAGGGAUACCAAGUGUAUUAGGGAUCAAUGUUUACUUCCUCUUAGACAAAAAUAAAGAUGCUGAGAGAAAAACA